AUGUUGAGAGUAACUUCAAGAAAUCUUCAACCACCAUUCGCUUGGACUCCAUUGUCGCUAAAUAGAUCCAGACUCACCUCCACAGUCACCUCCAGAGCCACAUCCAUAUGGCCUGGCAGCCUCUCAUCUCUCAGAUACAGUUCCUAUGUCAUUCCUGAGAUGCAAAAGGCAGUGGUGUUCGAGACAAACGGCGGGCCGUUACUUUACAAGGACAUCCCAGUGCCCAAGCCCAAGUCCAACGAAUUGUUAAUUAACGUCAAGUUCUCUGGUGUCUGCCAUACUGACUUACACGCAUGGAAGGGUGACUGGCCAUUGCCUACCAAGUUGCCAUUGGUGGGUGGCCAUGAGGGUUCGGGAGUUGUAGUGGGAAUGGGAGAGAGUGUUGUCGGGUGGAAAAUCGGUGAUUUUGCGGGAAUCAAAUGGUUGAACGGUUCUUGCCAGGCAUGUGAGUACUGUGAAUCUGGCCACGAGUCUAACUGUGGGACCGCUGACUUGUCGGGGUAUACACACGAUGGCUCGUUCCAGCAAUAUGCUACUGCUGAUGCGUUACAGGCAGCCAAAAUUCCCGAAGGAACUGAUUUGGCUAGCGUGGCCCCUAUAUUAUGCGCUGGUAUCACCGUAUAUAAGGCUUUGAAGACGGCGAACAUACAUGCUGGCCAAUGGGUGGCUAUUUCCGGUGCUGGUGGUGGAUUGGGCUCUUUGGCUGUCCAAUAUGCCAAGGCAAUGGGCUACUUGGUCCUUGGUAUCGAUGGUAGUGCCGAAAAAGGCCAAAUGGUUAAGAGUUUGGGAGCUGAUGAGUAUGUGGAUUUCACUGUGGAAAAAGAUCUUUCCAAGAAGGUCAUUGAGCUUACGAAUGGAGGUGCACAUGGAGUGAUCAACGUCUCCGUCUCUCCUGCUGCCAUGUCUCAAUCGACUCAAUAUGUGAGACCUACCGGAACGGUUGUUUUGGUUGGAUUGCCAGCCGGUGCUGAGAUCAAGAUGCCAGUGAUCGAUGCGGUAAUCAAAUCUGUCACCAUUGCCGGUUCAUAUGUGGGAAACCGCGCUGACACUCGUGAAGCCAUUGACUUCUUCACAAGGGGAUUAGUGUCAUCUCCUAUUAAGAUGGCAGGCUUGUCAGAAUUGCCUAGAAUCUAUGAAGAAAUGGAAAAGGGUACCAUUUUGGGCCGGUAUGUGGUGGACACUUCUUAUUAA